UGGCUAUAAUACCUACUAUCUAGUGCCUACUGGAACUAGUUACCAGGCGGCAGAUACGACUACAAGAAUUCACUGUUCAGUGUUCAAUAGCCUGUAGCCUGGUUAGGUUAGGUAGCCACGUCUCACUGUAAUAGUGACUGGCAAACUAGAGAAGUAAAUAAAGUAAUAAAGUAAACCUGCACCGAGAUAUUUCUUUUACGCUUCUCCGCGUCUCCGUCGUCAGGCGUAACCUAUUUGAAGAAAACGUUGUGCAAAACGCAAUACACCAAGGGAAUAGGGAUCGUCAUAUUAUCCUGUAAGCCACAAUGGCCCAAAUUUGUUCAAUUCCGGAUUGUGCUAACCAAUCUCCAAGAGUAAAUUUAUUUAAAAUUCCUAUGGAUAUAAAUUUAAGGAAUAUGUGGUUAUUAUCGAUAAAACAAUAUUAUCCAACAAUCUCGGUGCCGAAAAACGGUGAAAUGUAUGUAUGCAGUGAACACUUCAAAAACGAAAACUUUAUACUUCCAGAAAAGAAAUUUUUAAAAUGCUUCGCAGUUCCAACCAUUUUUGAGAACGGAGGAGACAUCUACACAUAUAUCGAUAUUUAUGGUAUCUUUCAAAGUUCAACCUGUCAAAAUAAACAUGGCUGAAGAAAAUGAUAGUAAUAAUAGCAAUUAAUCAUCGUUGUAAGCAAAGUUAAUAUUUAAUAUCUGUAAUAUUCUAUUCUUAAUAAUAUUUUAAUAAUUUGGUUCGGAAUUUCGAAUGUACAUUUUAGGAAAAGAAGUCAUCAUGACAAUUAUUAUAAUGCAGAUAAUUCAUAGAAGUAAGAUACGUACCUAAUGUAAUUGAGUGCCCUUAGCAAAUAUAA